AUGUUGAUGAUAAUAAUGCAACAAUAAAAUCAUCAACAAUGAUGACGACAAUGAAAAAGGAUAAAAAUGAUGAUCUAAUUGAUUGGGAAUAUAGUUAUUGUUCUCCAGAAUUACCACCACCACCACCAUCACCAGCAUUAACAACAAAAACGACUACAAUGGAAUUGAAUAAUCCAGAUGAACACCAUCAUCAGCAGACGCUUGUUCAUCAAUUAAUGGACCAAAAUAAUAACGAUAAUACGAAACGAUUUUCAUGGUUAAAUCCAAUGAUGAUGUUUCGAACGCGAAAAGUAUCGCCAAUUAACAAUGGUCAUCAUAAUGUCCAGGAUGGUGAUGAGAAAAUGUUUCAAAUGAAAAUUAUACAUCAUUCAUCGAAUAAUCGAAUGAAUAAUAGUUGUUCAUUACUAUCGAUGGUCGAUAAUAAUUCGAAUGAUGAUCAACAACGAUAUUUGAUUUAUCAAGUGGAAAACAUGGAUGAAACAUUAUGUAGUAUUGCUGCUCAAUUCAAUGCAACGCCUUCACAUAUAAAGGCACUAAAUCGUCUAACAUCGAAUCAUGUGUUUGUUGGACAAAACCUGUUGAUUCAAAUGAUGAUGGAUCAUUCAAAUUCAAAAACAACGACAACAACCACUACUUGAAAAUUUGGAU